GCAGCUAGUCGAUCGGUCCGCCCUCGACAACUUAGUCAGCUCCGCCAUGAUGGUGCCCGCUCUUCUGCUCUGCCUCUUCCUCUCCCUCCAUCGUCAAGCCACUGCCGACGGCGGCCAUGUCCGCUGCCGGAGCAUCGACUGUCCCAAGUACACGGUGGUGGAAGUCGACGACGUUAGGAACUUCGAAGUGAGAGAGUAUGAGAGCCCACUCUGGGUGUUCGUCAAGCACCAUCAGCAGGCCACCUCUUACCAGCAGGCCCUCUCCGCACAGGCCCCUAUACUCAGCGACUACAUGAAGGGGAACAAUGACUUCAACACGACGAUCUCAGAGACCGCGCCGGCUGUCACCGUCGUCAUCCCAGGCCUUUACCACGCCAACGAUGUCGGCGCACCCUUUGGCGACGCCUACCGCUUCGCCCGCUACCUUCCCCAAAACGUGCAGCUCACUGCACCCCCGACGUCCAACAACACUGUCCGCUUCUGGCGCUUCCCGCCGGAAAACCAACGCGUCGUCGUCAAGAAAUUCAGAGAAGGAGCGAUCAACGACGCGACAAUCGCGCAUGCGGUGGCUUCACUGCGCAACAGCCUGAAGGGCUCGACGUGGGAGAGCAGGGUGAGGCCCUGUGGCGGCUUCGCCGUCGCCGACUACAACUACCCCGACACCAACGGCACCACCAAGAACGAGAUUAUGCUUCUCGCCGAAAAGGAGUGGUUAAGUGGUGGAGGACAGUAG